AUGUUGCAGCCAUUCAUCACCAGCGACGAAUUACGUCGAGAGCUGCCUGCCGACCAAGCAGCUUACUGUAUGCAACGAAUGGCGCCGUUUAACGACCCACAGGCACCACCAGGCUCAUACGAUUACAUUACGUUCAGUCGAAGUCUCUACUUCAGCCAGACUAUGGGAUGUGCUAGUAAUCGCCCAUCAUUCGACAGUAAAAUGAGCGAAAGGGCUGCAAGAAAAGAGCAGGGCUAG